GAUGGAUGUCCGCCUGUCCUGUCUAUUUAUCCAUAGAACUUUUUAUCAUUUCUUUAUAAUAAACAACAGUCCAAACUCCAAAGGACGUAACAUUUAUUUCUUAGAAGAAAUUAACUACCUUUCGAGUUUAUUUUUUAAUUGUAUCAAACUACCAAAAUGAGUUUAGUUGCUAAUACUGGAAAAUUGGCCGGCCGUACGCUGUUCGUUACUGGCGCCUCUCGAGGUAUUGGUAAAGCUAUUGCUUUAAAAGCUGCGAAAGAUGGAGCAAACAUCGUUGUAGCAGCGAAGACCGCUGAACCACAUCCUAAAUUACCAGGAACUAUUUAUACGGCCGCUGAAGAAAUUGAAGCUCUAGGAGGGAAAGCAUUGCCUGUUAUUGUUGAUGUAAGAGAUGAAAAGCAAGUUCAGAAAGCUGUUGAUGAGGCAGUCAAGAAGUUCAAUGGCAUUGACAUACUGGUCAACAAUGCAUCUGCAAUUUCUCUCACCGGCACCGAACACACUGAUAUGAAGAGAUAUGAUCUCAUGCACAAUAUCAAUACAAGGGGAACAUUCUUGGCAUCCAAAUUAUGCCUUCCCUAUCUUAAAAAUAGUGAUCAUGCUCACAUCUUGAAUUUAUCACCACCUCUGAAUAUGAAUCCUCAUUGGUUUGCUGUCCAUGUGGCAUACACAAUGGCUAAGUACGGAAUGUCAAUGUGCGUACUAGGAAUGAGUGAAGAAUUCAAACAAUUCAACAUUGGUGUCAAUGCACUCUGGCCUAAGACAGCUAUCGCAACUGCAGCUAUAGAAAUGUUGACGGGUGAUACGUCAAGUAGCCGUAAGCCAGAAAUAGUGUCUGAUGCGGCAUACUAUAUGUUGUGCAAAAACCCCAAAUCAUUCACUGGCAAUUUUGCCAUCGACGAAGAUAUAUUACAAGAGGCUGGUAUUAACGAUUUAACACCGUAUGCUUGUGAUCCAAAGAACGUGGAUAACCUAUUGAUGGACGGCUUCCUGGACGACCCGCGCUCGGUGAGCGACCAUAUGAAACUGUCCAGCGGAUUAGUACGCGGUUAUCACACUUCCGCCGCUCGCUAUAAGGAGGUUUGUCGCGUUCACAUAUUACUGACCCCCCAUAAGCUAAUUUUCUUUCAAACAUACCAAUAGAAUAAGGGAGACUUUUCUUAAAAGUACGAUUAACCAGUUAUGAAUAAGUACGCGGUUACCACACUUUGUCGGUUUGUCGAACAAACACAAUGUAUGUACAGUCGCGGUAUGAGAGGGCUUCAACAAUUUUUUAACGUCUUCGACAGUUUUACUACUAAUUCCCUGAAAAUCCUGCGAGCACUUAUAACUUUCGUAAAAACCAGACUGUUAAAGAAAAUAAAUUUAACUGUUCGAUAACAAAUCCAGGUUGUUGAUAUUUCUUUUGGCUAAGAUUUUAAUAUUUAAAAAAAAAGUUAAUUUGUUUAAUGAACAAGAAACCCUUUGUUUUUAUUAUAGCUAUUCUGUUUGUAACAUGUUUUAAGAAUAAUGAUCUUAACUAUUGUCAUAUUUUGUUUGUAAGGUUACACUUUAAUUAAAAUGUUAGCAGCACUGUUUUCUGUGCUUGAUAUGUUGGCAAAAUUGAUUCUGGCACCAGUGCAAAUGACCGCUGGAGUUAAGGUAACGAAACUUUUCAUUUCGCGACUGUAUAUACAUACAGUACAGACAGAAACAUUCUGAUGUAGCCUUUUUUUCUUUCACCUAUCCUAACUAAACACUAAGAAGGGUCAUUGGUCCAACAAGAUGACCCUUUGGCCCAACAUGAUGGCCUUUUGGCCCAGCAUGAUGGCCCUUUAGCCCAGCAUGAUGGCUCAGAAGUUGAC